AGGCCCUUGGGCAGCCUGGCUCCCUCAACUGCCGCUGGGGGCUCGGGCUCUGGCCCAUCCAAAGGCUACCCCCAGGCAGCCGACAGCAAGCCGACGCCGUCCGCGCCCUCCAAGCCGGCGGACCGCAACGGCGGCGGCAAUUGGCGCAGCGACGCGGAGAAGUUCCGCGCAGAACGGUCUGCGAGGCCACGGGAGGAUCCCAAGGACAAGAAGGGGCAGCGCGGACGGCAGGGCGGCAGGAACGAGCCCUCUGCCGCGGCGUGCCCAGUGGCGCCCCUCGCCGUGUCGGAGGACUCGUGGGCCGCCCGCCAGCUGCGGCGGCGGCUGGAGCGGCAGGCCGCGGAGGGCGGCGAGCGCGGCGACGGCGAGCCCAGCGUCGAGGAGAUCACACGCCGCAUGAAGAGCAUCCUGAACAAGCUUACCUUGGAUAAGUUUGACGACCUCUUUCGGCAGCUGACCGAGUGUGGUGUGUCAACAGAGGAGCACAUCAGGAUCUUGAUGACAGAGGUGUUUGAAAAGGCCACAACCCAGCACCACUUUGUAGAGAUGUACGUCCUACUAUGCGUGAACCUGGCCGAGUGGUUCUCCUCUCACGUGAAGGUUGGCAACUUCAAACGCGUCCUCCUGGACCAGUGCCAGUCAUCCUUCGAGAACAAUCUGCACCCGCAGGAUGCCGAGAGCCAGUCGAAGGCGCCGCUCAAUGAGGAGGAAGUGGCCGAGAGGCAGCACAAGCACAAGCUGAGAGUGCUCGGCAACAUCAAGCUUAUAGGCCAGUUGUUAGUCAAGAGGAUGGUCGCAUCCAAGGUGCUCAUCGCUUGCGCCGAAGCUCUGCUGGCUGAACCCUCACCCGCCACGCUGGAGCCGCUCGCAUGCCUCCUGUCGACCACAGGGGGCGAGUUCGACAAGAGCGAUUGGAAGCAGUACGACGCCCUCGUCCGGAUCUUCAAGCAGGUGCAGAAGCUGACGAAGGACAAAAAGCUCCCGCAGCGGGCCCGUUUCUUGCUCCAGGACGUCCUGGACCUCCGGAGCACCGGCUGGGAAGACCGGAAGGCGGCGACGCAGAAGCUGGAAGGGCCCAGGAAGCUCGAAGAUUUCGCCAAGGACUGAGCGCAGCCCCCUGGAUGAGGAGUUCAUGGAGGGGGGAGGGGGAGCAAGGCGAUGCCUCCCCCCACCUUCUCAUCCCAAUGUGUCGACGAGAGGUUAUGCCUUUCCAAAGCUCCACCUUUUGAGAAGGCUUUCUCUCUCUCCUGCUGGGUCGCACGGGCGAUGAUGGCAGCAGUGAGGGUGGUGUGAUCUUUCCAGCUCGCUUCUGCGAGCGAUGUAGUAGGGGCCCCAUCCUGGAACAGGAUUGGAACCUGUGUCAGGAUUCGCAGUUCAGGCGCUGACAGAUCUGAGUCCCUGGCCGGGGGUGUCCCCAGCUGCCAAACCCUCCUGGCGCAUCGGGAGCCCCUUCCUGGGCCCCGCCCAGGGCAACCCCCGAAGGCUCGGCGACCCUUCGCCAGGUCGACCUGUGAG